GUAACUUGUGUAGGUAGCUCCCAUUAUAAGCAGAUACAAUCAUAUUUCUAUUAAUAGUAGGAAUCUACUACUAAUGCUAUUUUGAAAUUUGGAUCGCGACAAAGAUUGAUAGUUUAGCAUCAGUAGGCCUAUUUGUACUUACCAUAUCAAGUGUGACUCGACCUCUACUAGAGAAAGGGCCAGCCUUGUAUUAUAAAGGUCUACAAUUUAUUCAGGUACGACAUAUCUACCAAGGAACUUCACCAAAGUCCUCAGUCUUGUUUACACAACACUUUUUGCGAGCCAUUUGGUCAUUUCAGUAUGGAUAGUCCUCUUCGGCCUACUUUAUAUAAGCACGUACUUACAUUGGCGUUCAUUGGAUCUUACUUAAUUGACUUUCAUACCAGUAGUGCACAGGAGUGCUCACCUAUAACGUGCAAUGAACCUGGACGUGGAAACAUAAACUGUACAAAAUGUGUUCACGAAAUAGACUGCAUUAACAAGGAUCUAAGUAAGAUACCAAACUGUAACGGUGCAGGUAUUGAAUCUUUGGAUUUAAGGAAGAAUCAGAUCCAAGAUUUUGAGGAUGAUCUAAAUCACUACAGUGAACUUAAAAAACUAUGUCUCGAGGAUAAUAAAAUGACCGAAAUUGAACCAGAAACAUUCGGUAGCUUGGGCUCCUUGAAAGAACUGCUGUUGCACCGUAAUCUCAUUGAUUCUAUUCAUGAAGAAUCAUUCAAAGAGGGACUAAGAGGGAUAGAAAUCAUAAAUUUAGCAUCAAAUAAACUGAAAUCGUUUGACGUUUCAACUUUCCAAAAUCUAAGCAGUCUCAAGAAGCUGUACCUUGGUAACAACUCGUUGUUGACUAUACCAAAUGAAGCAUUC